AUGGCGGCCGGCAAGCCGAAUGACCACAUCCUCACGCUGUCGUGCCACGACCGGCCGGGCAUCGUGCACGCGGUGACGGGGGUGCUGGCCAAGAACAACCUCAACAUCCUCGACUCGCAGCAGUUCUUCGACCCGACGUCGGAGCGCUUCUUCAUGCGGGUGCACUUUGGCGGGCACGACGAGGCAUCGGCCAAGCUGGAUACGGCGCAGCUGACAGGGCUGUUUGCCGAGCCCGUCGCCGACCUCAAGCUGGACCUGCAGCUGCGGCCUGUGGCCAAGAAGCCGCGCGUGCUCAUCAUGGUCUCCAAGAUCGGCCACUGCCUCAACGACCUGCUGUUCCGCCAGUCGACCAACCAGCUGCCCAUCGAGGUGCCGCUGAUCGUCUCCAACCACCCGGACUUCAAGCCGCUGGCCGAGAGCUACAAGAUCCCCUUCCACCACCUGCCCGUCUCCGCCGACACCAAGCUGCAGCAGGAAAAGCAGAUCCUGGACCUGAUUGCCGAGAACAACAUCGACCUGGUCGUGCUGGCCCGCUACAUGCAGGUCCUGAGCCCCGGCCUGUGCUCCGCCAUGUCGGGCAAGAUCAUCAACAUCCACCACAGCUUCUUGCCGUCGUUCAAGGGCGCCAAGCCCUACCACCAGGCCUACGAGCGCGGCGUCAAGAUCAUCGGCGCCACGGCCCAUUUCGUUACCGCCGACCUUGACGAGGGCCCUAUCAUCGAGCAGCGCGUCGUCCGCGUCGACCACUCGAUGAGCCCCAAGGAGCUGACCCAGGAGGGCUCCAACGUCGAGAGCCAGGUCCUGGCCGCCGCCGUCAAGUGGACCGCCGAGCACCGCGUCAUCCUCAACGGCCACAAGACCGUCGUCUUCAACUAG